AUGGUCCAAAACAAAGGAGUUAUAUUCAAGAAGGUCCCCAGCGGGUGGCCUGUCCCCGGCCAGGAUCUCGUCAUUGAAGACCGACCCUUGGACCUUGACCAGAAUCCUCCCGAAGGUGGCAUCAUCGUCAAGAACUACUAUGCCUCGUUCGAUCCGUACCAGCGCGGACGAAUGCGCCCGGCGCAUGUCAAGUCCUACUCCCCUGCCUUCGAGCUGGGGAAGCCCAUCACGAACCGCUCCAUCAUGAAGGUCAUCAAGUCGAACACGCCAAAGUUCAGCGCGGGUGACGUGAUCAUCUCCACAGAUGUCUCUCCAAUUGAAGAGUACUCGGUCCUCGGCCCGGAUUUCGUCGAGAAGGCACGCAAGCUGGACAACCCGUACAACCUGGACCCUAGACACUUCCUUGGUGCCCUCGGAAUGCCUGGUCUUACGGCCUACUCAUCCUUCUACGAGAUCGGUCAGCCGAAGAAAGGGGAGACCAUCUUCAUCUCUGCAGCUUCUGGAGCUGUUGGUCAACUAGUCGGACAGCUGGCGAAGCAUGAGGGCUUGAAGGUCAUCGGCAGCGUUGGAAACGACAAGAAGCUAGACUUCAUCCUAAACGAGCUGGGCUUCGACGCGGGCUUCAACUACAAGAAGGAGAAACCCGGCGACGCUCUUACCCGUCUUGCCCCAGACGGCAUCGACAUCUACUACGAGAACGUGGGUGGAGAGCAUCUCGAGGCAGCCCUCAACGCCAUGAAGAACUUUGGCCGCAUCGUCGCCUGCGGCAUGAUCUCGCAAUACAACGCCAAGCCCGAGGAACUGUAUCCCAUCCGUAACAUAAUGCAGGUAGUCUCCAAACGCAUCACCAUCCGCGGCUUUAUCGUGGGCGACGCGAACAUGGGACCGAAGUACGCCAAGGAGCACCAGGAGAAGGUGCAGAAGUGGAUUGCGGACGGCACAUUCAAGGCUAAGAUCAGUGUUACGGAGGGCAUCGACAAUGCAGUUGAUGGGUUCUUGGGCAUGCUGAAGGGUGAAAACUUCGGGAAGGCGAUCUUGCAGAUUGCGGAUAUGGAGAAGGAUAAGGCGAGUUGGUCGUCAUGA